GUGGUUGGCAAUUCGUCUAGAGUUCAUUGGUAACAUCCUGACCUUCUUUGCUGCUCUGUUUGCUGUGCUUGGCCGAGACACUAUAAGUGGUGGACUCGUUGGUCUUUCAGUCAGCUACGCAUUAUCAGUUACACAAACCCUGAACUGGUUAGUAAGAAUGACAUCAGAUGUAGAGACAAAUAUUGUGGCUGUAGAACGUAUCAAAGAAUACACUGAAACCACCCAAGAAGCGGAAUGGGAAAUCCCUGAGAAAAAGCCACCGGAAUACUGGCCAGAGCACGGGGUAGUCGAGUUCAAUAAAUAUUCCACAAGAUAUCGGGAAGGCCUCGAUUUAGUUGUGAAGGAUAUUGAUUGUAAAAUAUCUGGAGGAGAGAAGAUUGGUAUUGUUGGUCGAACUGGUGCUGGGAAAUCUUCACUCACAUUGGCGCUUUUCCGCAUCAUUGAAGCUGCUAGUGGAAACAUCACAAUUGACAAGAUUGAUAUUUCCAAAAUUGGUCUCCAUGACGUACGCAGAAGAUUGACAAUUAUUCCGCAGGAUCCUGUGCUGUUCAGUGGUACGCUUCGCAUGAACUUGGACCCUUUCAACCUCUAUGAUGAUGAGAAGGUCUGGUCAGCUCUGGAACAUUCUCAUCUUAAGGACUUCGUUUCAGGCCUCAAUGCUGGACUUCAGCAUGAAGUGUCUGAAGGAGGUGAAAACCUCAGUGUUGGCCAGAGGCAGCUUGUGUGUCUGGCUCGAGCUCUCCUCCGCAAAACAAGGGUGCUGGUCUUAGAUGAGGCCACAGCAGCUGUUGAUUUGGAGACUGAUGACCUUAUUCAGCAGACUAUCCGCCGGGAAUUUGCCGAUUGCACUGUGAUCACUAUUGCUCAUAGAUUGAACACAAUCAUGGACUCGUCAAGAGUUUUGGUCCUAGACAAAGGAGAGAUCCGAGAAUUUGAAUCCCCGGAAAACCUGUUAAAAGACAAGAAAUCAAUAUUCUAUUCAAUGGCCAAAGAUGCAGGUCUUGUAUAAUAUAUUUUUCUUUAAUAUACGGUACUUAAUUAUGUCAAUAUAUGAAAAUAACUUGUCCAGUGAAGAACACCCUUCAGGUAUUUUAAUGUACUUUACUGUUUAUGUUCAUAAUUGUUGUGCAGAAACUAUUUUAUUUUGAGGAUAAAAUAAAUUUAUCAUGUUCUCAUAUUGUCUGUGAUUUAGUAUGUUACAGUUUGUACUCUUCAGAUGUAUGAAUAUACUGUACUUUUUUCAGUUACCCGUUGUAUGAAACAUCUUUUGUUAUGUUUGUCUAUGGAAGUUUGUUUUCAACUUUUUUAUGUACAAUGAAACUGUGCAUUUUUCUGCAGUUUUUUUUAUGUUUAGUGUUUUGUAGUUUUGUUUUCAACUUAGUGUUAUUUAAGUUAUGCGUGAUUCUGUAGUUCUUGAAUGGUCAAGAAUUGGAAUGGUGAACAUAAUUUGUGUAAUGUACAAGUGAGAAUAAAAGUGGAAGAUUUUUUUUGAACCUUAACUUAUAUCCUGUAAGAGGCUGUUGUUAGAGUACUCUAAAGAAGUAAAGAUAAUUAUUUUUUGAAAAUGGUACAUGUUUGUACUUACAUUGUUUUAUUUAAGAUGCAUCUAUAACACCAUUAGUAAUUGACUUCUGAAUAGAUUUAAAAUUAAAUGGAAAAUUGUUUAAUGUAUAUUCAAAGCAUCAUUUUUGUAUAUGUAAGAGUUUCACAUUUGCUAAUUGUUUGUAAUUAGGAUUUUCUGUAAUUGAGGAGAGGAAGAAUUGUUAUUCAAAAAAAAAAAAAAAUGUCCAUGAUUUAGAAGACUGUUUUGACUUAUUUUUACAUCUCGUGUGGGUAGCGCUGAAAAAAUUCAAGUCCUCCAUUCUAAAUAAAUGUAUAAAGUGUGAAGAUAGCUGUUGUGAUUCAGCUGAUAUUGUGAAUGUAUACAUUUGCAUUUCUAUUUAAGAUCAGAACUAUUUUUACAUUUUGAAUAUUGCAAAAUAUUUUCUUUUAGUUAUUGACGCUGAUAUUUGUUAAUCAUAUGGAAAGAUUUUAUGUGUAUGAUAUUACUUUUAGCUAAGUUUCAAUAUAAUUCCGUUUGUUGAUUCUCCCAUAUUUGUAUUUUUAUUAUUUCUAGUAAUCAACAAGUACCUGUAAUUGUUAGUGUAGUUCAGGAUUUUGUUUGUGAAAGAGAUAUAUAACUUAAAUUUUUCUCAAGGGCUUGUGUGACUUAGUACUGAAAUUCAAUUUAUUUAAUAGUUUUCAUCAUUAAAAAAUUUAGAUAAAGAACACCUUUAAGUAUUUAACAUUUGUAACAAUGUAUAUAUAUUUAUCAAAGUAAAUUAAUGUAUUUACUUUGUUUGUGGCUUUAAAUGAUGUUAAAGGUCAGGGCUGAGAAACCGUUCUUAUUUUUUAGUAAAAGCUAACUUUCUGGUAUCAUAAAAUGAAUUUAAUCCACAAAUGAAAUUAAUAAAUAUUCAUAAUUUUGAUGACAUCCAAGAAGUGUGAGAAGCCUUGGUAGUGUCACAGAAGCUUUUCCUCUCCCAAGGCCUUACUCUUCUUCCAAGCAACCUUCAUCAACAUUCUGUCUGUAUUUUUCUCUUUUCAUUAACUCACUAUCUCUUUAUCUGUCUUUUUUUAGUAAUAUAUUGAUUCAUCCAUUCUCUCUCUCGUACUUCCUUGAUUUUUCUCUUCCUCCUAUUCAAUAAUUUUCUCUUUAUCUACUCAUUCUUCAUGGUUUCUCUUGUAUCCCUCUUUAUUUCAUUAAUUUGUACUUUACUAAUACCUAAACCAGUUUUUGAGCAGUUGAGUAGAUAUGCGAAGAUAUCUGUCAAUUCAACAUUAGACACGAGCAGCAAGUGCCAUUUAACUUCUGUGAUAUCACUAAGGCUACCCUCAUUUCUUGAAUUCACAUUUGAUUCCAUGACUAGGUGCACGUCAAGAGCAAUUUCUUGUUUUCGGUUGAAGAGAAUUGUUGAAUUAUAUUAUUGAAAUUCUUUUGGCAAAAUGAAAAUAUGAUAGGCCUGCACUUUUAAUUAUUAUUUAUUACGUAACAGUUUGAAAAAAAUAAAUAAUUAUUGAACUACUAGAGCUAAAAUCUUGAAUAGUCUUCACAUGUACUAUGUUUGUGUUAUACCUAUUAAUUGAAAAGAAAAAGGAACUUACUUGUAUUUUGAACUAUUUGUGCAUUUUCAACUCAGUGAUCUGCUUUUGUAAAAUGAACAAUAUAUAGAAAGACAAAACUCAACACAGAAAGGAAAUAAAGAGCAGUUUUAGA